ACUUCUCCCAACACUCCAAGAUCCAUCUAACCCUAGCAAAGCAGCCUCCAUUGUUUUCUUCGAAUUUUCUUUUUCUCCGAUUCCUUAUACGUUCGUUUGUUGUCAUCGGUAGAUUUCUCUGAUCUGUAAUGGCCGGAAAGGGCGAGGGUCCUGCGAUCGGGAUCGAUCUCGGCACGACGUACUCGUGCGUCGGUGUCUGGCAGCAUGACCGUGUUGAGAUCAUCGCCAAUGAUCAGGGAAACAGGACGACGCCGUCCUACGUAGCCUUCACCGAUACCGAGAGGCUCAUUGGUGAUGCCGCGAAGAACCAGGUCGCCAUGAACCCGAUCAACACUGUCUUCGAUGCUAAGCGGUUGAUUGGUAGAAGGUUCAGUGACUCCUCGGUUCAGGGUGAUAUGAAGCUAUGGCCAUUCAAGGUCAUUGCUGGUCCUGGUGACAAGCCCAUGAUUGUUGUCAACUACAAGGGUGAGGAGAAGCAGUUUGCUGCUGAGGAGAUCUCUUCCAUGGUUCUCAUCAAGAUGCGUGAGAUUGCUGAAGCUUACCUCGGCACGACUGUGAAGAACGCUGUUGUCACGGUUCCUGCCUACUUCAAUGACUCCCAAAGGCAGGCCACUAAGGAUGCUGGAGUGAUUGCUGGUCUGAACGUGAUGCGCAUCAUCAAUGAACCCACCGCUGCAGCUAUUGCCUAUGGUCUUGACAAGAAGGCCACCAGCGUUGGUGAGAAGAAUGUGUUGAUCUUUGACCUUGGCGGUGGUACCUUUGAUGUGUCUCUGCUGACCAUCGAGGAAGGUAUCUUCGAGGUGAAGGCAACCGCUGGGGACACUCACCUUGGAGGUGAGGACUUUGACAACAGGAUGGUGAACCACUUCGUGCAGGAGUUCAAGAGGAAGCACAAGAAGGACAUCAGUGGAAACCCGAGGGCUCUCAGGAGAUUGAGGACAGCCUGUGAGAGGGCGAAGAGGACCCUCUCGUCUACUGCUCAGACUACCAUUGAGAUUGAUUCGCUGUACGAGGGUGUUGACUUCUACACAACGAUUACUCGUGCGAGGUUCGAGGAGCUCAAUAUGGACCUGUUCAGGAAGUGCAUGGAGCCUGUCGAGAAGUGUUUGAGGGAUGCUAAGAUGGACAAGAGCACUGUCCAUGAUGUCGUGCUUGUUGGUGGUUCGACUAGGAUUCCCAAGGUGCAGCAGCUGUUGCAGGAUUUUUUCAAUGGCAAGGAGCUGUGCAAGAGCAUUAACCCUGAUGAGGCCGUGGCCUAUGGAGCUGCUGUUCAGGCUGCGAUCUUGAGUGGAGAGGGCAACGAGAAGGUCCAGGACUUGCUGCUUUUGGAUGUCACCCCGCUGUCCCUCGGUCUAGAGACUGCUGGAGGUGUGAUGACAGUCCUCAUCCCGAGGAACACCACUAUCCCCACCAAGAAGGAGCAGGUCUUCUCGACCUACUCAGACAACCAGCCUGGUGUCCUCAUCCAGGUCUACGAGGGUGAGAGAGCAAGGACGAGGGACAACAACUUGCUCGGCAAGUUUGAGCUCUCCGGUAUUCCCCCUGCGCCAAGGGGUGUUCCUCAGAUUACUGUCUGCUUUGAUAUUGAUGCCAAUGGUAUCUUGAAUGUCUCGGCCGAGGACAAGACGACAGGGCAGAAGAACAAGAUCACCAUCACCAAUGACAAGGGUAGGCUGUCGAAGGAGGAGAUUGAGAAGAUGGUGCAGGAGGCCGAGAAGUACAAGUCAGAGGACGAGGAGCACAAGAAGAAGGUUGAGGCCAAGAACGCCCUCGAGAACUAUGCCUACAACAUGAGGAACACCAUCAAGGAUGACAAGAUAAGCGCCAAGCUGUCUGCUGCCGACAAGAAGAAGAUCGAGGACGCGAUCGACCAGGCCAUCCAAUGGUUGGAUGGGAACCAGCUCGCAGAGGCCGACGAGUUUGAAGACAAGAUGAAGGAGUUGGAGAGCAUCUGCAACCCCAUCAUCGCCAAGAUGUACCAGGGUGCUGGUUCCGACGCUGGUGGAGGCAUGGACGAGGAUGCUCCUCCCUCUGGUAGCAGCGGUGCUGGCCCCAAGAUUGAGGAGGUCGACUAAGUGAGGAGGAUGUAAAGUCACGGAGAUGUUGGGGUGUUGGGUUUAAGGAUGUUCGCUUAGGUUCCGUCACAUUUUGAUUUUCUUCUUUCUUUUUCAAAUUUUGGAUCGAUUGGGGAUAUUAUUGGUGCGGUAAGUGAAAGUCAUUUUGUGAAACUUGCUUCAGGAUUUGCAAUAUAUAUGUUUAGUCGAAUUACUCUUCAUGUCGUGGUCAAAAAGGAAUUGCUCUCCA